GGAAAUUAAAAGAGGGAAAAAAUUGUUUAAAAGAAAAAUGGUGAAAAUAUGAAUUUCCUCAUGUUAGUUUGCUUUCAAGUUUAGAAUACCUUAAUCUAUCCAAAUCCGGCCUCACCAAUCACAUUCCUCCUGGAAUCUCACAAUUGAGUCAUCUGAAUACCCUUGACAUCUCCCAGAAUCAUCUCACGGGCAGAAUCCCGUCUUUGAGCGUAAAAAACCUUCAAAUUCUUGAUGUUUCGCAUAAUAAUUUGAGUGGAGAAAUCCCUUUAUCUCUCUUAGAAAAACUGCCAUGGAUGGAGAGAUUCAACUUCUCCUACAAUAAUUUGACCUUUUGUGAUUCUAAAAUUUCCUUCAAAACCCUCCAAGCAGCCUUCCUUGGGUCAGCAAACAGCUGCCCCAUUGCUGCAAAUCCGAGUCUCUUCGUUAGAAAACCCAGUAAACAUGAGGUCUCGAAGCUGGCUCUGGCUGUUACUUUCUCCAUGAUCUGCUUACUUUUAGCCGUGAUAUUUCUAGCAUUCGGAUGCAGAAGGAAAAGCAGGACAUGGGUGGUAAAGCAGGCCUCUUACAAAGAAGAGCAAAAUAUUUCAGGGCCCUUCUCUUUCCAAACUGAUUCAACCACAUGGGUGGCUGAUGUUAAGCAGGCAACAUCGGUCUCGGUAGUAAUUUUUCAGAAGCCAUUGUUGAAUAUAACCUUUGCAGAUCUCUUGUCUGCAACUUCUAAUUUCGACAGGGGUACCCUAUUGGCAGAGGGUAAGUUUGGACCCGUCUAUAGAGGAUUUCUACCUGGAGGAAUUCAUGUGGCUGUGAAAGUUUUGGUCCAUGGUUCUACAUUGACGGAACGGGAAGCUGCAAGAGAACUUGAGUAUCUCGGACGAAUUAAACACCCCAAUCUUGUGCCAUUAACUGGAUAUUGCUUGGCUGGGGAUCAAAGAAUUGCCAUCUAUGAUUAUAUGGAGAAUGGGACGUUGCAGAAUUUGCUGCAUGACUUGCCACUGGGUGUUCAAACAACAGAAGACUGGAGUACAGAUACAUGGGAAGAAGUUGACAACAAUGGAAUAGAAAAUGUUGGUUCAGAAGGUAUGUUAACGACUUGGAGAUUCCGCCACAAAAUUGCAUUGGGUACUGCUCGAGCACUUGCAUUUCUUCAUCAUGGGUGCUCACCUCCGAUCAUUCAUAGAGAUGUUAAAGCCAGUAGCGUUUUCCUGGAUUAUAACUUAGAGCCCAGAUUGUCAGAUUUUGGAUUGGCAAAGGUUUUUGGCAAUGGUCUAAGUGAAGAGAUUUCGCGUGGUUCACCUGGUUACGCGCCACCAGAGUUUUUGCAGCCUGAGAAUGACCCUGUAACACCCAAAACUGAUGUAUACUGCUUUGGUGUUGUCCUGUUUGAACUAGUUACUGGUAAGAAGCCAAUUGGUGAUGACUAUCCAGAGGGAAAAGAAGCCGACUUGGUGAGUUGGGUAAGAGGACUUGUGAGAAAGAAUCAAGGAUUAAGAGCUAUUGAUCCAAAAAUUCGAGGUACAGGACCAGAUGAUCAAAUGGAGGAGGCCCUUAAGAUUGCUUAUCUAUGCACAGCCGACCUUCCAUCGAAACGACCAAGCAUGCAGCAGAUAGUUGGACUUCUCAAGGACAUCGAACCAUCAGCUUAGAAGAAUUCAAUAGAUCAAAAAGAAAAGCAUUUGGGGUUCUACUUUGGUUCUUUUGAACUCCCUUCUUUGAUGCUGCUAAGGGAAGCGUACAGUACAGUCAUCCUGGAAAGAUAUGCUUCAAAAUGUUCCAUGUAUUUUUUUUCUUUCCUAAUAUUCAUUGUGCAACAUCAGAAUUUUAUGUCAAAUACAUGAGUUAGUCGAAGGAACUGAAAAAUGGGAAUUUCAUCACAGUUUUAGUACAAUGAGAGUUCAGUUUUUAGAACAGCA